GUUUGUGCUCGAAUUUUGCAUUUUGAACAUUUUCAGCUGGCCUGUUCGUCGUCGUAUUGCAUUCACAGUCACUCUUUGGACACCUUUCGUCGCUCAUUACAAAAAGUCGGUCAUUAUCAUCUUCGUUCCACCAAGCACAACCUUCCAACAACCGCUGUCAGAAGAUCAAGUCAAGCCUAGAAUAUACGUGUAAUCCAAGAUGCAUUCACUCAUCGCUCCCCUCCUCGCUGCAGGCCUUGCUAGCCUUGCGCAAGCCUACACCAAGCCCGGCGCAAACACCUGGGGACCAUUGCUCGAGCCAGACUUGAGUCAUCCCAUCACCCAAGGCGAAAGCUUCACAGUGACAUGGGACCCCGAGGACCAUCCCACUAGCGACGUAACUGUCAGCUUGGUUCUCUGUCAAGGUCCAUCAACCAACUGCGUCCCCUCCGACAGCGCCAUCGCCUCCGGCAUCCCAGCCAGCCAAAAGUCCUACGAUUGGGAAGUCCCAUGCGACCUGGCUCCAGGCACCCAGAACACCGCCACCGGCUACGGUAUGAUGAUCAUUGUCGACGGAACAGGUGAAUUCCAGUACUCCACUCAAUUCUCCUGCCUCGCCAGCAAGACCUGCUCGACCUCGGGUUCCAGCUCCUCCAACAGCACAGGUGCCACCACAACCACCAGCGGCAGCUCCGUGAUCGUCAUGCCACCCACGCAACAAACCGGAUCAUGGUCCUCCGGCGACUCCUCCCACCCAACAACUACGGCCAGCGGACCGUGGAGCUCAACCACCGGUCCGUCCUUCUGCUUUGACUGCUCUUCAACCUUGGCUACAAUAAGCUACAGCACCGCUUCAGAGGGCAGUGUUGUUACUGCCAGCGCGACGGCAACCAUUACCUCCGCUGCCGCCGGCACCACAGUCGCCGCGACGGGCACCUCAUCUGCCCCGGCUUCGACCUUCACUGGCGGCGCGGUGGCGAUCGGUCUCAAUGGGGCUGGUAUGGCGUUGGCUGGCGCUGUCGCGUUAUUCGCCUUGUAGAAGGAUCAUGUCAAUGGCGAAGGCGGGUUUAUCGAUGGUGCAUGGGUUUGUGUUUGCAUAUAGCAAGGGCGUUCCAAAGUGGGUGAAGCAUAGAACGGGCAUUUGGGAACCAACUGAACUUCAUUCAAUAUCAUUAUCUGGUGAGGAAUACUCCGUACUCCUGGCGCAAUUUCUAUUCGGAUCAACGCUAGGGGCAUAUCGAUGCUAAAGGGGCCUUGCCGCCUCUGAACAUGAUGCUUAGAGAUGAUGACCACUUGAAAAUUAAGGCCCAUCCAUGCGUCUUUCUGCUGAACCAUGUCCACUUACGGGCAUAACCAUGGUCAGAAGGCAGUCGGGAAUCGCUGGGCACCUACGAGUAGCUGCGCCUUUCUAGUAGCAUUUUAACAAAGCC